AGUUGAUUGAUACCAUCCACCAGUGCAGCGUGUGUCGUGUUCAUAGUACUUGUCUUGGAUUUAAUGAAUUGAACAACAAUGACCUGUUUUAACGCAACUUGCGCGCCAUACCUCAAGGGGUCCGCAGGAGUUUCGUUCACGAAUGUUCUGACGCAUUUACUAGCAGCGCAAUGCCUCAUCUACGAUGAAAUGCCGCUGGACCACGCUUACGGACUUGCCACCGGUGCUGAAUUCGACUUCAUCAUCGUGGGUGGUGGAACAGCUGGAGCAUUACUGGCGAACAGACUCUCUGAGGUCGAGGAGUGGAAAGUGCUGCUCAUAGAAGCUGGUGGGGAUCCACCGUUAGAAAGUGUUAUUCCCGCUUUUUCUGGUGACCUACAUUCAUCACGAUAUGUUUUUCAAUACUAUACGGAAUCAGGCGAGAAUAUUAGCAAAGCCACCUUCGACCAAAGGAGUUUUUGGCCACGAGGCAGAGUGCUCGGAGGCACCAGUUCCAUCAAUGGCUUGCUCUACAUGCGCGGCAGCGAGGAGGACUACAAGCCGUGGCAUGUGAAGGAAAAAGACGGUUGGGAUUGGCCCACUUUGAAGAAAUACUUUAUGAAAAGUGAAAAGAUGGUCGACCCAUUAAUCCUCAACAACCCAGAAUUAGCUAAAAACCACGGAGUAGAUGGAGAGUAUGUUGUUGACAAACUUAAUUUCACUCAUCCGCAUCUUGUUGAAAAACUAACCCAAGGCUACAAAGAAUUGGGUUUAAAGUAUUUAGAAGAUCUUAACGGUGACUCGCAAAUGGGGGUAGGUAAAAUCCGCGGAGGCAUUCACAAAGGCAAAAGAGUAAGCAGUGCUACAGCAUUUCUUACUCCUAUAAAAGGCCGUAAGAAUUUAUUUGUAUUGAAGAAUGCUUUUGCCAGAAACAUAGGGUUUGACGAAAAGUCCAAAACAGCUAAAAGCGUGACUGUCUCUUUGAGGUAUGGUGACAUUGAAACUUAUUUUGCGAAGAAGGAAAUAAUAGUAAGUGGUGGUGCAAUAAACACUCCUGUCUUGCUAAUGAUGUCGGGUAUAGGGCCGAGGGAGUUACUCGAAGAAAUAAAUAUUAAGGUGAUUUCUAAUGUACCAGUGGGACAGAAUCUCCAGGACCAUGUCAGGAUACCAAUUCCCAUGACUAUUGAUACAGGAGCUCUGCCGAGAGAUGAAAAGUUCAUGCUUAGAGCUACUGCAGAAUAUAUGCUGGAUCAAACAGGUCCACUUGCAACGAAUAUCGACCAACCUAACAUAAACGCUUUUCUCUCCGUCCCGGAUGGAAAAACCUUACCAGAUGUACAGAUAGACCACAAUUAUUUCGUUCCUAAUACAUCAACUGUGUAUAAAAUGUGCACAAAGGUAAUGGCUUUCAACAAAGACGUGUGUAAACAAUUUGAAGAGUUUAAUGCUGAGAAGGAAAUGAUAAUAUUUUUUGUUUCUCUAUGCAGACCGCAUUCUAGAGGUAAGCUCGAAAUUUUAGGACAUAACACUAUGGAGCAUCCAAGAAUAUACCCCAAAUACUUUAGUGAUGAACGUGAUAUGAAAACAUUCGUGGAAAAUAUAAAGAAGGUAGUACAGAUUGUUGAUACACCAACAUUUAAGAGUAUGAAGGCGGAAUUACAGAGAAUCAAAUUUGAGGAUUGCGAUGGAUUUGAUUUAGGUAGCGACAAGUACUGGGAGUGCAUGGCUAGGACGGUUACAUAUCACGUUUACCAUCCAGUGGGUACUGCUAAGAUGGGGCUACCUAAUGAUCCUGGUUCGGUGGUGAACAGCAAGCUGAAAGUUUAUGGAGUCAAGCACUUGAGGGUCGUGGAUGCAAGCAUAAUGCCUACCAUACCCAGUGUAAACGUUAAUGCCGCAGUCAUGAUGAUAGCUGAAAGAGCGGCAGAUUUUAUUAAGGAAGAACAUCUGCAAACCGAACAAAAACGUGAUGAAUUAUAAAAUAUUUAUGUUAAUAUAAUUUAUUUGUUAAUUA